UUUGGAAAAUUGAGGGAAUAUCACUCGGAAUUCCCCAAUUUUAGCUGGGGAAUAUUCAGACACGUGACGCGUUUAAACCAAUCGUGUUCAUUCUUCGGAGUCGAAGAGGAACAUGUCGACAUCACUUGUUGGAUGACUGGGUAUGAUGUGUGCGGAGGAGACUGGUGCGGCCAAUCCGGACAAGGAACCCUCUCCCACAGGUUGGGCACAUGUGGGUGGGCGUGAGGUGCAUUACAAUAUAACCUAGCACGUAUGUGAGGCAGUGGGAUAUUUUGUAGUUUCAGCUCGAUAUUACCUCGCAUCGUUCUUAGAUUAUAUUGUAAAGAUUAAAACUAAUCGGGGAAAGGGCUGUUGAUCGAACGUCGCGCGACAUCGCGCGCGGCUGGACGAUUGCUAGCGAGAGAGAGCGAAAUGAUUUUCUGUUCAGCGGUCAUUACCAUAUUUCACAUGUCACUGUAUAUUUUUAGGGCACAGGCACACAGUGACAACACACGCUCAUUUUGCGUGCUAUUGGCGGCGAGUGCUUGUGUUUUUUCGUAGUUGAUGUCCUUAAAUGAAACGAACUGAACAAUCGACCAAGAUAUGCUGAAGUAUUUGUUCCGAUAUCUUUGUUCCUGGAAGUGAAAUAAGUAAGAUUUCAAACGUGGACCGGAUGCUGAAUCUUACAAACCCGGUGUCCUCGCUGAGACCUCAACCGAGGCUUGACUCGAAAUGGCUGAAGACCGAUGUACAGACUGCAUUUUUGCCAGAUGGGUUAAAAAGACUAUGGAAUGAACUAGUGAAAGAUGGAGAAAUUCCUAUCAAACCCUCCCAUGUUAAGAUAAACUGUGAUGGUGUUCCUGCCCAAAAGGGAGAAACAGGCAAGUUUUAUUGUGGUCGCCGCAUUCUGAAAUGUACCUGCUGUGAUGGGCAUUGUGGGCCUGAUGGCUGUAACUGUGAUCCCUGUCAAAAAUUGGACCAAGAAGACAGGGAGCAGAAAGAAGAUGAUGAAAGAGCCCCUCCAGCAGCAGGUCCGUUGAUGGACUCUUGGACUUGGGGUGACCAGCCUAGCACUGAACAGUUAAGAGAGGUGCUACAGGGUCUUAUUUUUGAACAAAGAGAGCUUGCUAGCCAAGCAGCAGGCACGACACUCUCUGCUAUGAGACUUCAGCAGCGCUUAGCUGUGUUGGGACGGUAUUUUGUUGCUCUCUCAAGGGAACGAGAAGCUAUUAAAGUUAACAGUGUCAAUGUUAAAGGUGCAAAGAAGGAGAAGCAAGGCGCUAUCAAAAAGAGGAAAAAACAUGGCAGUGCUGAAACAGAGCAGGCUUCACUGGGGUUAGCUCGAAUCGGUGCCAGGGCAGCACUUUCAUUUGCUUUUGCUUUUUUACGUCGUGCAUGGCGAUCAGGAGAAGACGCAGACCUGUGUCGUGAACUUCUUGACGAAGCAUUAGAAGCUUUGCAGUAUCUUCCAGAAGCAACAUUAUUUGAUGAGGGCACAGUAUCACCUGUUUGGCUAGAGGUGGUUGAACGUGCGACAAAGUUUUUGCGAUCUGUUGUGGCGGGAAAAGGAAAUGAAGACAGAGUUUACUGUAAGCCGCUUGAUUCUGUUCCUGUUUCUGACCAACAUGUAGCAUUGGGAAUCUUGCUGGAGCUGGGUGUGCAGCGCGGCACCCUUCAGCACAUGCUGGAAGUCAUUCUACUGUUGCUAGAGUUAUGGGAUAGUGGCCAGGAUAAUGAUACUGAUUCUUGUUUCACAUCAGCUCCUCUUAUUCACUUGUUAAGACGGUUUGAGGAAAUAACUGGUGCAUCGCAUAAGAGUUUGGAACCAAACAAGUUGGCUGAAGAGGCUAUGUCAUCCAGCAUGCCAAAAGUGAGUCCCACAGAAUCAUUCUUGCGAUACUUGACUCUUCCAGAAGAUGAAUCAGAGUUUGUUGAACUGCAGCACUGUGCUGUUGUUUUAGUAUCACACUUGGACAGACUUGCUGCUCCUUAUCUGCCAGUAUCCUCAAAUCAAAAGACUCCGAGUGUAGCUCUUGUUCAAGAAGUGUUAGGGUGGGGUUGGCUGUCAUGGGGGAAUGCUGGCCAUACUUUGGGUCCCACAACCUUGGGAAGCCUUGUGGAAAUUGGCAUUGCUCAGAUCUGCUGUGCAGAAAAGUGUUUCUUGGCACUGACAAAAACUGGCAAGGUUUACACUUGUCAGUACACAUCAGAGGGACAGGGCCCAGUGUUGAUUGAAUCACUUGCUGGAAAGUGUGAAAUAGUCAAGAUUGCUACAAACCCAGAAUGUAAACACUACAUGGCUCUGAGCCGAGAGGGUGAGGUUUACUCCUGGGGAUCUGGGGAUGGUGGCAAAUUGGGACAUGGAGAUAACAAUUUCUGUGAUGAGCCGACCCUGAUCAGUGGUCUUGCCGGCAAGCAAGUUAUUCAGAUUGCUUGUGGAAGCACACACAGUGCGGCAGUAACAUCUGAGGGAGAACUCUACACUUGGGGCAGGGGAAGCUACGGCAGACUAGGACAUGGAAGUAGUGAAGACCACCUUGUGCCCAUGUUGGUUAGUGGUUUACGUGGACACCAUGUCAUUGAUGUAGCCUGUGGCAGUGGAGAUGCACACAGCUUGGCUGUUGCUGAUGAUGGCACUGUCUGGUCAUGGGGUGAUGGGGAUUAUGGCAAGCUUGGUCAUGGAGGCAGUGAUGGCUGCAGAGCUCCUAGGAUUAUCGACAAACUACAGAGCCUUGGUGUUGUACGUGUCUUCUGUGGAUCACAGUUUUCCGUGGCACUGACAAGAGAUGGGCAGCUCUUCACUUGGGGUAAAGGAGAUGGUAGUCGUCUUGGUCAUGUCGGCGAGGAUCAUGUGCGCUAUCCAAAGGUGAUCGAAGCAUUCUGCGGUAAGAAGAUAGUUGACUUUGCUGUUGGUUCAUUUCACUGUCUGGCAGUCACAGAGGAUGGAGAGUUGUACAGCUGGGGUCGGAAUGAACAGGGACAGCUCGGUGACACCUCUUGCACGGCUAGGGCGGAGCCCACUCUUGUAUCUACAAUAGGUAGCAAAGAAAUCACUGGGGUUGCCUGUGGACCUGCCCAGAGCUUUGCCUGGUCAUCAGCUGGUCACUGGAAUGUUGGGCUCCGGCUUCCUUUCUGUCUGGAUGUAUGUAAGAAGACAUUUGAACAUCUUGACGCACUGCUGCGGCGUGUGAGUGAAGAUCUGACAGGAGCUUUAGACUGGCCCCCUCCCCCACAGGAGAAGGAAUGCAUUGCUGUGGCAACUUUGAAUCUGUUGAGACUUCAGCUCCAUGCUGCCAUCACCGGAAACGUAGACGCGGAAGAUUUAGGUCUUGGAGUAGGAAGUAAGCUUCUUCAGUCACUCAAACAACAGGUGGUCACAUUAGCCAGUAACAAAGGAGUCCUGAAGACUGUGCAAUCAGCAGCACAAGGGGCCCUCAGGAAUGGCUGGGUUUUGCUUCUGCCUACACCAGAGGAACGAGCAAGGGCUUUAACAGAGCUACUGAUUGAAGCUUGUGACAAGCCAGCAUCUUCACCAGCUGGUAAGAAGUUUAUGUCAGACCUACUAAUCAACAGCUUGAUGGCAGAAGGGAGUCUGGAAUCAGCCCUGGAGACAGCCAUUGACAAUGAAAUCAAGGAAGGUGCUGGAGAAAACGACAAAGAAAAAACUACGGAAAGCAAGGACAUCAUUGCUGAUGUACCCCUCCUUCACCUUACCCAGCAGCUGCUGAAGACAUCAUCCACACAAGUGCUAAGUGAAUUUCAACAGUUAUUUCUCAAGCCACCUACUUUACAAUGGCCCUAUACCCCUCCACCACGUCCCAUGACAGUCGAGUUACUGCUCAAGUUACAGAGGCUUGUUAUCGGCAGCUUUUUCCUACAUCAUGAAAAUGAAAGACCUUGGUAUUUGAUUAAAGGUGAAGAAAGAGCCCUGAGUUCCAAGCAACAAGGUGCUGCAUUACUGCUGCAUAAGUAUGCCACUUUGCUUUGUACCCAUGCUGGGGAGAUCCUCCCAGUAGCCUCAUCACUAGCGUCAAAUGGUCCUCGCCAUUUUGUCGUCUCUUCCCAAAUAAUCCAGCGAGAACUAACGGGAGUGUUAUUGCCUGAAUUUCUGACUGCCAUGGUCCUGCUCCAGACCUGCAUGCCAAGUAUUAUGGACUCAUCAAGGACAGUUCCUCUUAUCAGUGGCCUGCUUGACCUGUUAGACAAGUUUAACAGGCUUGCUCCUGGGGUGCAGAAAGAAGAUGAGGAGGAUCUGGCCUGGCCUGGUGGUAUAGGCAGUCCAACGCCGGCUCGCAGGAGAGCUGAUGGUGACAUCACGUUCAUUAGGCCUGAAGAUCUGGAAAAUCACAAUAAGGAUGGUGGACUGUGGGUUGUUAUUCAUGGUAAAGUGUACGAUCUUCAAGAUUUCAAGGAUCAAGCUCCUUGUGGAAAGGAACUGCUGCAAUCAUAUGCAGCUUCUGAUGCAACUCAAAUAUUUGAGGAAACCAAACAUUCGGUAGAAGCAAGGGAAAUGAUGCAAGCAUUCUUUGUCGGUAUUUUCGUGGAGCCUGAUCAAGAACUCGCCCUGGACAGUGCCUUGUCAGUGUCAUCUCCAUUAAUUGACUGCGAGCGUACCCUGGGUCUCUUACUGGGACUGUACGCCUGUCACUUGGCUCACAGCACGCCUGUUACUGCUGAAGAAGAAGAGAACGAGAGAUGGCUAGCCUCAGAUUUCUUCUCAGGUGGAAUGGAAACUUCCGCCGCACCAGUAGGUGGCAAUGUUGGAAGGAAAGAAAAAGAAUCUUCCGAAGACAAGAGUGAACCCUUUACACGUCAGAUUUCACACGGUGAUCCUGCUAAACCAUUCCUGCAGGCCCUUACUGAAAGCAAGCUGGAGGACGAGACAGCUUUGAAGUUCCUCGCUGCUGUUGAACGGUUCUGCAAACAAAAGCGGUUUGUUCUGCCGAUAGAGUUCCCUGCUGAUCAUCCUGUAGAGAAGGUGGGAAGAAUGCUCAUGGCGUGCUUAUUGAAACAUCAAGAGCUUGGUAAGUUUAUGAUGCGACUAUUACCACAGUCGAUGGCUCAAGCAGUGUCCACACUACGCCGAAGAAAUUUGAAAACGCGGCUUUAUUUCUACGGAGANGUGAUCGCAUACAGUGAGCUGGAGAAGGAAUUUGCUGGCGUCGCUGAAGGGGAGGUGGGUGCUUUAGCUUUCUCUGCUAGCGCUGGGACAAUAAAAAUUGACACCUCAUGGUUGCGUUCAGAAGGACUUGUUAGAAAUGGUAAUUUGUUUGUAAGACUAAUCGUAACAUUCCCGUUCUGUAGCAAUGCCGUUCCACACUGCUCAGCCGAUGUUGGUCUCAUUCCACCGUAUGAUCGCGUGAUCUUAGAAACAGCUUUCCGAAGAAUAAACAGCUGGGCCAUCAACACGCUGCGUGAAGCUAUCAUCUAUGCUGAUGAUACCUUCAAGAAGGCUGAAACAAGACCUAAUACCACCCCAGACGAUUUCCACGGGGGCUUAUCCCUGGGUGCCCUGCCUGUGGCACGUUUUCUCUUGGCAACACUGGGUAUCUUGACAGCAGAGCAUAACGCUAGUGACAUGAGCCUGAUAUUGAACUCGGGCGCCAUCGGUCUGACCCAGACAAUCAUGCGCUUAGCAGGACCGUGUGAAGCCACUGAGGAAGAGGACUCUUCUUUAGCUGCGAUCAUUGAUGAGCCUAAGGCUGCCAAGAAAGUGCCAUCUGCACCCAUGACGGGGCCGGACGUGGCCAAGAGAAUGAAGAUUGGAACCCGAGUGGUGCGAGGUCCUGACUGGAAAUGGGGCGACCAGGACGGGCCGCCACCCAGUGAGGGCCGUGUUAUAGCGGAGCUCGGAGAAGAUGGCUGGGUGCGUAUUCAGUGGGACACAGGCAGCACCAACUCCUAUCGCAUGGGCAAGGAAGGGAAGUAUGACCUGAAGUUAGCAGGCCCUCCUCCUGUACCAGAAAGCAGUGAAGAAGAGGAAGAAGAUAUGAAAGAUGAUUCCAAGAAAGAGAAAACGGAGAUCCAGUCCAUUCAUCCGACAGCUCUGAUUCGCCACUCGUGCGUGUGUUUAUUACAAGCUCUAGCAAUCGGCUGUGGUCUCCAUGCCAACAGCGUGCAAAUCGAGAGUGUCAGAACGGUCAGCAGUCUCUUGCAUAAUCUUUUGGACGCAGGCACAAGUGGUCAUAUCGGCGCCAUCGUGAUGGCCCAGCAGCACAGGGACUGGGCCAAGCUUGGGUUCAUCCGGGGUAUCGCCGUCUCUCCAGUCAUGUGUUGUUCCCUCAGUACCUCCCAGUGGGUUUGUCUGCUCCUUAGGGUGGUGCGGGGAUCACUUCCCGAUGACGACUCACUACCACCCAUUGUGUCUGCUGUGCACCUUCCUCGACAGAUCUUGGCGUUACGCUUGUUGAGAGCUGUUUUACCUUCAUGGGAUGUGACCAAGGAUUCUUGCAGGAUGUCAGAAGUAGUGGCUAGUCUGUUCGCUUUACUCGGUAGAGUCUUGAUGACCUGUUAUGGAAGCCUUCCCAUUCAACCUCCGUCAGGAGAGAAAAGCCGGAAGAGUAAGCGGAAGCCGAGAAUCCCAGCCUCAGUAUCAGCUACAUACAGCAGCACUGUAGCAGAGGAAUUACUAGCCCUUCUACGGAAGCUUCAUACCUUGGAGGCCUGGAACCCACUUGUUAACGAGUUCAUUAGUGCUCAACUGAAGAGUAUUGUUACUAUGGUAACGACCGUCAAGCCACUUCAAGAAGAACAAGUCACACAGGAAGCAGAUGAAUCAUCUCAGGAGCCUGUGGACCAGGGCCCAGUGAUGGCCGUAUUAGCGGUUAUCGGUGGCGUGGACAGCAGGCCCAGACUUGGGGGACUGGUGCAGCACAAGGAGUGGGGACUGGGUACAGUGUGUAGAAUCGCUCCGAAUGGAAAAGUUACUGUACAGUGCGAGGGACAGCAGAAGGCGAAAAUAUGCUCUAUAUCACAAGUUAAACCGGUACCUGUCGUCCCAUUUUCUGUGGACAACCUUCCCAUGUCGGAUGCAGCUCUAGGGAUCUGGGCCUCACUCGUUAGACUCGCGGGAACUGGAAAGAAGACUGUUGAAGUGGAUCAGGAGAACUUCCAGCUACCAGCAGUGCCAGGGGAGGAGGGGGUGGGGACUUCAAGGUGUCCUCCGGUUAGACCACUCCUCUCCCCUAAACAAGGAGGUGAAAUUGUGGACACAUCACAGUUGAGACAACAGCAGAUCACUCUUGGACUCUUGAAAGCUGCCCGUGUACUGUGCAGCAGACAAGAUAACCUGAGACAGAUCCUGAGUCAUCAAGCAAGCAGCUCGGAUGGCAGCAGUACUUUCUCUUUACAACACCUCAUGUGUUCAGCUAUUAAACCCUCGCCUAUCAAGGCGCUUUUUGACAGAGAAGAGUUAGAGGCCGCUGCUCUCGCCGCUUGCCAGUUCCUUGCCAACGAAGCCAGCCGUCCAGCCGAGCCUCCUACACCGGCCAUACCAGAAAAUGGUCAUGGGCCCGAGCAAGAGAAGCUUCGUCCCCAGUCCACCUCCAAGAAGCCUUCAAAAUCUAAACACCUACAGAAAAAGAAGGCACGCACGCGAAGACCCACCCCACCCCCACUGCCAACUCCGCCAUUAAUUCAACAGCUUGUGGAGAUGGGAUUCUCACGAAGCCGGGCAGAGUAUGCGUUGAAAGAGCUGGCCGAGGAGGAGGAACCUCGGGCUGAGUUAGUCGUGGCGUGGCUUAUCGAUCAUCCUGACAUUGAGGUUCCCGAGGGUGAAGAACGCCAGGUCGUGCCGCCAGAGUUAACAUCUAGUGACGACUCCUCGGACGUAGAUGAUGAUGACAGCGAUGCGGUGUCCAGUAGCGAUUCAGAGAGUAGCUCCAGUGAGGGAGAAGCUAUAGCUGUACCCACCGACUUCAAGAGGCGUAGUGACUUUUCAAGUACCGAUGAUUAUGCGAGGUACGUGCGAGAUAACGUUCAGGUCGGCAUGAUGGUGCGGUGCUGCAGGACGUAUGAGGAGGUUCAUGAAGGAGACAUAGGCAGGGUCAUCAAGCUCGACCGUGACGGCCUUCACGAUCUUAAUGUGCAAGGUGACUGGCAGAAGAAGAACGGUACUUACUGGGUCAGAUAUGUGCACGUGGAGUUGUUAGGUCAUGACUCUUUUGCCCGGCGUGAGAUGGUCAAAGUUGGCGAUCGUGUGCGUGUCAAACCUUCUGUGACCACGCCCAAGUACAAGUGGGGAUCCGUGAAUCACGGGAGUGUAGGCACAGUCGUGUCCAUCAGUCCUAAUGGUAAAGAUGUCAAGGUUGACUUCCCACAACAAACAAACUGGACAGGGCUGAUCUCCGAGAUGGAGGUUGUUCCUGCUACUCACCCUCGUACCAGGUGCGAUGGCUGCCACAUGGAGCCCAUUGAAGGUCCUCGCUUCAAAUGCAAGACGUGUCCUGACUUCAACUACUGCGAGACGUGCUUCAGACUGCGCCGCAGCCACCGCCACUCCUUCCACCGCUUUGAAGAGCCUAGCAGUAUCCCCGUCAACGCUGGGAAAGCCGGACGGAGUAAAAAGAAGAUUUUGUCCGGGGGAUUAGGGGGACCUGAACACAUCGUCAAGGAAUGGGACCGAGUGGUAAAGAGCCUGAUGGUGUCUUCGCGCGAGGGCCAAGCAGGAAGGCUUAUUGACGGCACAGAGUCUUACUGGCAGUCCGCAGGGUCACAGGGAAAGCACUGGAUUCGUAUCGAGCUACACCCCGAUCUUCUGAUCCAGCGGUUGACCAUGACAGUUGAUCCAUCUGACAGUAGUUAUAUGCCAUCAGUGGUGGUCAUAUCAGCCGGUGACAGCAUUCAAUCCUUGAAAGAAGUUAAAACUGUGCACAUCAGUGCUACUGACUCACUGUGCACGUUGCUGGAAGAUGCUCAAGAGGAAUACCGCUUCCUGGAAAUCGGCAUCCGACAGUGUAAGAGUAGUGGCAUCGACUGUAAGAUCCACGGAAUCAGUCUGACAGCUCGCGCAAAAGCAGAUGAAGACGACAUGGCUGCAAGCUUUUCAUUCCUGGCGUUAGACGAGGAGGACGAGGCAGCCAGGCAGAGACGAGCGCUGAGAAGGAAACCGACCUCCACUGAGCCCACCCAGGAAGGGCAAGUCAAGGUGUUCGUGUGGGGUCUGAACGAUAAAGAUCAGCUCGGAGGGCUGAAGGGAUCCAAGAUUAAAGUGCCGAUGCUUUCCGAUGUGGUGUCAGCUCUCAAAGUUCAGCAAGUCUGUGGCGGUUCAAAGAGUUUAUUUGCUGUUACAUUAGAAGGAAAGGUGUUUGCGUGCGGAGAAUCAACCAACGGGCGCCUGGGCCUAGGUCCUGUGUCGGGUAACGUGCUAGUGCCCCGUUUGAUUGAAAGCCUGAGUCAGUUCGUGGUGAAGAAGGUCUCGGUGCAUUCUGGGGGUCGCCAUGCAAUGGCUAUCACAAUCGAGGGCAAGCUGUUCGCGUGGGGGGAGGGGGAAGAUGGAAAACUUGGACAUGGAAACAAAAUGAACUACGACCGCCCUCAACUGGUUGAAGCCCUGAAAAGCAAGUCUGUACAGGAAAUCUCCUGCGGUAGUUCCCACAGUGCAGCCGUCUUGGCCACUGGCGAGCUCUUCACUUGGGGCCUGGGUGAAUACGGCCGGCUGGGGCAUGGAGACAACCAGACACAACUUAGACCUAAACUGGUUCGAGCCCUGUCAGGUCAUCAUGCGAUAGACGUUGCCUGCGGCAGUCGUGAUGCCCAGACUCUCGCACUCACUAACGACGGUUACGUGUGGUCGUGGGGGGAUGGAGACUUUGGAAAGCUGGGGCGAGGCGGAAGUGAGGGCUGCAGUGUGCCACAUGUCGUGGAGAGACUCAAGGGACAGGGCGUGUGUAAGGUGUUGUGUGGAGCCCAGUUCUCACUCGCUCUUACAAAAUCGGGACAAGUGUGGACCUGGGGUAAAGGAGAUUAUUUUCGCCUUGGGCAUGGUAAUGACUCUCACGUUCGUAAACCUCAGAUAGUGGAGGGGCUGAAAUCUUACAAAGUGGUGGACGUUGCUGUUGGAGCAUUGCAUUGCUUAGCUGUAACAGAAGAGGGCGAGGUUUACGCUUGGGGUGACAAUGACCAUGGCCAACAAGGAAAUGGCACUACCACUGUCAAUCGCCGUCCUCAGUUAGUCCAGGGCCUUGAAGAAUUCAAAAUCACUCGUGUGGCUUGCGGCUCCUCACACAGCAUGGCCUGGGCCGAGUCUGAUUUCCCGGCGCCCACCGCGCACGAGCCCGUGAUGUUCCCGGCGUCCCGAGAUCCACUGGGAGCUUCAAGUCUCGGUUCAGACUCCCAAGAGCAGAGUACUUCCGCGGCAGAAACAGAAAGCAACGAGUACGGAGAGCACAGACACAGGCCAUCUCUAGCAAAAAUCGUGCUUUCAUUGAACAGUAAUUACGAAAGACAGCAAGCACUGAGCCAUAUCCUAACUGCUCUCCAAAUCAUUUACUCGCGAGACGCGGUAGUGCGGGCCCUUAUGGACCCUCAUUCCUUUAUCCGCGGGGACUCCAAACCCACGGAGAGUGAAGACGAUGAAGCUGUUGCUCUAGCUUCCGCUUCAGACGUUUCGAUCGAGGACGUGGCGUUCACGGAAGUGUCUAGUGCAAGUGUUUCUCGAAAGACGAUGAUUGCAGGCGUGGACGAGUUCACCGACAGCCUGGGGCACGAUGACUCGCGGCUACUAGUCGAGUUGUUAAAGCUUGCCGUGGCUGAUCGAGCUGGAGAUAACGGUAAAGAAGUGUUGUCUGAGGUUUUGAAGGCUCUGGCUCAAACCAAACCAGAGGUUGCCUCCAUGCUCCUUGAGCUGUGCAUCACAGAGCUGGAAGACGUGGCAACCGACAACAGCAGCGUGCACAGCAGCUUCCAGCCCGUGGUACAGGAGAGCAGUCAUCCAUAUACAGAUGAUACUAACACCACAGGUGUGGUCAAGAUACCAGGAGCCGAGGGGCUCAAAGUCGAGUUUGACAAACAGUGUUCCACAGAGAGAAGGCAUGAUCCGCUGACCAUCAUGGACAGCACUGGUAGGGUAGUCUCUGUCCGUUCCGGCCGUGAGUGGUCAGAUUGGUCCAGCGAACUGCGCAUGAGCGGCGAUGAGCUUCGUUGGAAGUUUGUGAGUGACAGCUCUGUUAACGGAUGGGGCUGGAGAUUCACUGUGUACCCAAUCCAUCCGGCCGCCGCGCCCUGUGACGUGCUUUCGGACAGAGCAUUGCAGUCUAGACCGUCCAUUGACUUGGUCCGCUGUCUUUUGGACUUUAAACUGGAAACUCUUGGAGACGCGGCCCAGAUCCCUCGUGUGGCCUCUUCAUUAUCUGCAUGCGCACAACUGAAUACUCUGUCUGCCACUCAGCGAACGUGGGCUCUUCAUCGCUUGAGAAAGCUUGUGAUGUCAGAAGUUGGACCAGUGAUAGAUGUACCGGCCCUGUUUGGUUAUAAUCUGAUGUACGAUCAGCCACUCAUUAAAAUGAAGCACGUCGGUAACCAACGAAUGAACGCGGCUGUUGCAUCCUCGGCUCUUGGAAAGCUAGUUCGAGGCCUCCCCGAUACUUUACAAAGACAAUACGAGUACGAAGAACCGCUUGUUCGUGGAGGGAAACAUCUUUUUCACAGCGACUUUUUUAAAGUGAGUACACAAGUGACUUGUCCAUUGGCCGGUAUCUCAUGUCGAUGUGUUGCGAGACACUGUGUGUAGUCUAGGCUCGCAAUUGACCUGAUCUUUGUACGAUCGAAUCUCUCUCUUCAAGAGAGUCAGUUCCACCAUGCUCCACUGCAUAAAAUAUUGUCUACUAAAACUACCGACAGAAACAUUGCAUAUCAAGGUGGCCAGUACCGCGGUAACGGGCUAGUCUGUCUGNGUCCCUCUGAUUGGACGGUCACCUGGGGCGGGGGUGGUACCAUAUACGGCUGGGGCCACAACCAUCGUGGACAGCUGGGCGGAAUUGAAGGCGGGAAAGUUAAGUUUCCACAGCCUUGCGAGGCGCUUAGUGCUAUCAGACCCGUGCAGAUUGUUGGAGGCGAACAAACCCUGUUUGCUGUGACAGCUGAGGGAAAGGUGUACGCCACCGGUUAUGGUCAUGGCGGACGUUUAGGACUGGGUGGAACAGAAACAGUGACAUCAGUACGACUGAUAGAAUCUCUACAGCACGUGGUAAUUAAGAAGGUCGCUGUGCAUUCUGGGGGUAAACACGCCAUGGCGCUUUCUAUGGACGGUGAUGUGUACUCCUGGGGCGAAGGGGAGGACGGGAAACUGGGGCAUGGAAGUCGGGGCUUGUGUGAUCGUCCACGCGUCAUAGAAGCCCUGCGCGGCAAAUCGAUCGUCGACAUCGCGUGCGGCGGUUCCCACAGCGCUUGUAUCACGAAUAGCGGAGAGCUGUACACCUGGGGAAAGGGAAGGUACGGACGACUCGGUCAUGGUGACAGCGAAGACCAAGUAUUGCCAAAGCUGGUGGAAGCGUUACGCGGACAACGUGUCAUAGACGUAGCCUGCGGUAGCGGGGACGCUCAGACCCUGUGCCUGACUGAUAACGACUGUGUAUGGUCCUGGGGUGACGGGGAUUACGGCAAGCUCGGCCGCGGAGGAAGUGACGGCUGUAAGAUCCCUAUGAAGGUGGAAGCGCUGAUUAGAGCUGGGGUGUGUAAGGUCGAGUGCGGGUCACAGUUCUCUGUGGCGCUGACCAAGUCUGGUGCUGUGUACACCUGGGGUAAAGGUGAUUACUAUCGCCUCGGUCACGGCUCAGACGAUCACGUGAGACGCCCCAAGAGAGUGGCAGCCCUGCAAAACAAGAAAGUGGUUGCUAUAGCAACAGGUUCGCUGCACUGUGUGGCAUGCACAGACACAGGCGAGGUGUACACGUGGGGCGACAAUGACGAGGGACAGCUGGGAGACGGAUCAACUAAUGCCAUCCAGAGACCACGGCUAGUCACGGCUCUACAGGGUAAACAGACAAACCGCGUGGCGUGUGGAUCAGCUCACACUAUCGCCUGGUCCACUACAAAACCCGCCAAUGCCGGUCGCCUCCCCAGGGAGGUCCCCAUGGAAUUCAACCACCUGCAGCUUAUCGCCCUGGGGUCAUUAAGAAAUCGCCUUAUGCUACUCCAUCACUUCUCAGAGCUUGUGUGUUCCUCGAUCGCCCUGUUUGAUCUGCAGCCCCGUAUAAAGGAUCACCUGGGACAAGGACCUUUAGUAGCGCUGGAUGCUUUGAGAGGUGUGCUGAUCCCUUCGGGGAAGGAGGCAGCUUUCCGUAAAGUUGUUCAGACAACUAUGGUUCGUGAUAGACAACAUGGUCCUGUGAUAGAACUGAACCGUAUACAGAUCAAGAAGUUCCGGUCUAAGGGCGGUUUGACCGGUCCUGACGGCUCUAAGUCAGUGUUCGGCCAAGCUUGUUCCAAAAUGAGCAACUUUGGUCCAGACAGCCUGUUCCUGCCUCACCGUGUGUGGAAAGUCAAGUUCAUCGGAGAGAGCGUGGACGAUUGUGGAGGAGGCUACUCGGAAUCCAUCGCGGAGAUGUGCGACGAGCUUCAAAAUGGCUCCCUCCCCCUGUUGAUUGUAACGCCUAACGGAAGGGACGAGUCUGGGGCCAACCGGGACUGCUUCAUUCUCAAUCCGGACGCAACCUCUCCCGUUCAUCUCAGCAUGUUCAAGUUCUUGGGCGUGUUAAUUGGGAUUGCCAUCCGGACAGGUAGCCCCCUGAGCUUGAAUCUCGCUGAGCCUGUGUGGCAGCAGAUGGCAGGGAUGUCUUUGCGAAAGACCGAUUUGGCUGAAAUCGACAAGGAUUACGUGCCCGGUCUGAUGUGCAUCCGGGACAUGGAGCGUGAAGCAUUUGAAGCCAUGGAAAUGCCGUUCAGCACUCCAAGCGCCAGCGGUCAGGAGGUACAGCUGCAUAACAAGAUCAAGAGAAUCACACUGGACAAUAGAGAGGAAUAUGUGCGAUUAGCACUUCAUUACCGCUUGCACGAGUUUGAUCUUCAGGUAUCUGCAGUUCGAGAAGGCAUGGCACGAGUAGUCCCAGUUCCCUUGCUGUCAUUAUUUACCGGCCCUGAACUGGAGACGAUGGUAUGCGGCAGUCCCGACAUUCCUCUGGACCUGUUGAAGUCCGUGGUGACGUACAAGGGAGUGGACGCUAAUGCGCCAUUGGUUCGUUGGUUCUGGGAGACACUGGAGAGUUUCUCUAACGCUGAGCGAUCUCUGUUCCUUCGGUUCGUAUGGGGGCGAACUCGCCUGCCUCGAACUAUCGUGGAUUUCCGUGGCAGGGAUUUCGUAUUUCAGGUGCUUGACAAAUACUCUCCCCCAGACCACUACCUGCCGGAAUCCUACACCUGUUUCUUUCUUCUGAAGAUGCCGCGAUACUCGUGUCAGCGGGUGCUCUGCGAGAAGCUGAAGUACGCUAUUCACUUUUGCAAGUCGAUUGAUUCGGACGAUUACGCCAGAAUUGACCUUACUGGCGAACAGGCCGAGGAAUACGAUACUGAUGUCGAGGCAUUUUAGUUUUGAGCCGUUUAAGGAAAUUCCCAAAAUGCAAUGAGACGAUCGCUAACGACACGUCAUAUGACAAUGUGCCGUAACCACGACAGCCGCCAUGUUGGUUUUCAAAUUUCAAUGAAGAGUAACGAUUUUUUUUUUCCUUUGAAGUAAUCAUGGUGUUAAAAGUCUAGUAUGUCUGUUGUUUUUUUUUCUUUCUUUUUUUUUUUUUUUUUUUUNUUAAAUACAAUUUGACAUUUUAUUGGGAAGCAAUUUUGCAAGCAAAAAUGCAUCUCGGCUCGUGAAAAACGCAAGUAAAGCAUCGAUAUAUUUUGUUAAAACUCGCCUUUAGAUCAGCGUAUCAGUAAGGAAGCUGGUUAAAAAUUCUUAAAAUUAACUUGCUAAUAUAGUUGCUCGCUCGUUCGCUCAGAAAACGAACAAGAACAAACAACAAACAAUGCAAUAUGAAAACCAUCCAGGCGCGCUACCUAAAGUAUGACGACCUGUUGUGGCUGGAUCAUGUGAUCAGCAUUAACCAACCGCGUGCCAUACAAGCUGGAGGUUCCAGACAACUCCACCUGCUUCCUCAGGUGCACGUGCGGAAGAAAGUUCUCGCCAAUAGGAGGAACUAAACUCUCUUAAAGGAUGUGUUGUUUUGUAUCUGUUGAAGAUGCGAUAUCUUUGUAAGUAGUUUCACGUUCUCGUGUGGUAGUCGACUAAAAGUCUUCAAUGUAAAUUAUAAUGAUAGGCAAGAAUUUUGAGAAGAAAAGAAAACGGAGAAUCGAAAUGUUUUUAGCUCGAGAAUAUUAUAAUGCGCACUAAGUUAUUUGAAUCUUUGAAUUAUUUUUUGAAAAUGGUAUUUGCCACACAGGCAGUAGUUUAAUUUAUUUCUCUAAAUUUUUUUAAUUGUUUUCUUCCUUGUAAAUUAGUGCAAUAAAUAUGAGUGACAGGAGUUACAUUACGUUAAAAAAAAGUAUUGGUAGUUUAACUUCGCAGUUUGUCUCCCUAAUCCCAGAAUCGUGAAUUCAUUUGUAGCUCGUGUCACAGAAUCGUCUCAUAUAUCCAGCUUAAAAUAUUUCAACAAUAGUUUUAAGUAUAGCAAUAAUAGACAGAUAAACAAAGGCGUUAUUUUCCCGGUGAUUAAAAAAGAUAGAUUAAAUUAAUCCUGCUAAACCAGGUCCAGAAGUAUUAUAACAUCGCAGAUAUAUGAAAUUGGGCGAAACACAACCCAAGUUUUCAAUGGAUCUAAUGAAGUAAAGGCUACAAAGGCCGGCCUUUUCUCUCUUUUAUUCAUACCUAGUAUAAACUUAAACUACCUGAAAAGCCUAUUCGAGGCACUGCAAAAUUAUAAAGCUGGAGCCAGCUGCACUCCUUUAAGUAACUUCAACUUAAUUAAGUAAACUCGUCUACUCUUUUGACAACCAAGUGCGAAAACUGGCAUAUAGCCCCAUGCAUAUAGCUCCCUUUUCAGCCAGGGUUCUUGCACACAGUAGCUUUCACUGUAGAGUUUUCCCUGGCAUGUAAAAAUAUAAUCCCACUGAUAAUUUCGUUGAUACUGUUGUAUUCAAGGAACAUUCUAACAGAGUGUACAGAUCAAAAAUUGAAUCGAACCAUUUUCACGGCUCGAUUUUGGGGUUUGUUGUCGUUUUCGUUUAAAAAUCGAACUCUCAAGAAGAUGUACCAUUGCCAAACAAAAUCGAACUCGGCCUCGAACUCAUUUCUUUGGUUCAGAACUUUCCUUGAAUUCGACUUCGUUCAAUGGCUUAAUCUAAACCAUUGAGGUUACAUUUCACGUAAAGAUUAUAAAAGUUCGAUUUUGUCAUGUGCAAGUCGCUACCAUUUUACACACACUAUGCGACGGACAAGCUUUUAUUUCCAACGUCGGUCGAAAAAUGAGCGCAAAAAAAAUUAAGUCUUUUCAUAGUAUAAUUGACUUCGAUUGAAUGUGCUCUUUUAUCCAUGCGUACAAAGCUGCUGUAAUUUAAAAAAAAGAAAUGACAACAACACAAAGCGAUGUUUGCUUUUCACAGGUAAAAUGGCAAAUUAGCUGUUCAACAUUUGGAUCGGCUUUGUUUUUCUACCGUUCAAUGAAUAAAAUUAUCAAAUUCUGUAAUAACCACAGGGAAACUUAAACGUCGUUAAUUUACCAUUUAGAUCGGUUAUGCAAUUAGAGGAUUAUUUCCCAAGGAGACAGCAGGUUUAGAACCUUUUUCUCAUCUGCCAUAAAAAAAUUUUCGAUUAUUAUUUUCAGCAAAUGUCGCUUUCAGCAAAAAGGCUUAUUCUAAAAAGCUUUGGAGCUCAAUUUCCUCGCAAUCUGCACAGUCGCUUUGGAAAAGCUGUAAUUAACUGUGCGACAUUGCAGAACUGUUUGUUUACUCGAAGGAUUUAAUAACAAAACUUUCACAAGCUG